AUCAGCUACAUUUAAGCGGAUUUUUCUCAAGGAAAGUAAGUGAUGGAAGACAUCCAGCCUAUCUCAGCUGCUGAACAAGCAUCAUUCUGUGUGGAACUGAUGAAACGCCUCAACAUUGAGCGAAAACAAGAUUAUUUAUGCGACAUUACUUUGGUGUCGAAAGACAACAGAGAGUUAAAGGCUCACAGAAAUGUUCUUUCGGCCGCAAGUCCGUUCUUUUCCAAGCUUCUUCAGAGUGACAUGAAAGAGAAUCAAGAGGGGAUUGUUCGCUUUGAAGAAAUUUCAGGAUCCGUUAUAGAAGAUGUUUUGCAAUUCAUUUACACUGGAACUGUUGAGGUGACUCAAGAGAAUAGUAAGGAACUGAUCGCCGCAGGGAAUUAUCUGAUCAUACCAGGCUUGAAAACAGCUUCAGGGCGGUUUUUGGAACGAGAAAUGUCACACAUAAACUGUAUUUCAACCUUUUACCUCGCUGAGAAAUAUGAUUGCGAUGAGCUUAUCACCAACAGCAGGCGUUUCAUUCUCGAAAACAUCGUUUCCGUGGCAAAACUGGAUGAGUUUUUGCACUUGGAAGCUAAAGAGAUCGAGAGGUGGAUUUCGUCGGACGACAUUACAGUCAAAGAGGAAGCUGAUGUUUUUGAAAUCAUAUUAGACUGGGUAAACCACAGAAAGAGUGAGCGAAAAACAGCAUUUGAAGAACUGUUUCGUCAUGUUCGACUCCGUUUUCUGUCGCGUGACUAUUUGGAGGAUGUCGUGACAAACGAACUGGUGCGUGAGAAUCUUGCUUGUGUGAAGCUGGUCAUGGAUGCUGCCAUGAAGAUAGCUACCUUUGCUGAUGAAGAUCACCUUCCGCAGUCACCAAGAAAAGGGCUGGAAACACGUGUUAUUGUAGCACGUGGUGGCAAGUACACUUUUUGUUAUAUUCCAGAAGAAGACCAGUGGAAGCGUUUACCAGAUGGUACAGCGGAGUUGAAGGCCAGUACAUCCAAGAUGAUAAAAUUCCGUGAUCAGUUGUUUACCUUUACCAAAUCUCAAGGCUCAGAAAGAUAUGAUCCAAUUUUUAACGAUUGGUCAGCCUUGAAAUCGCACGUAGACUCGUGUGACGUGGCUGUCAUUAAAGGAGAAAUUUACGCUGUUCAAGUAAACGCCACUGACCAGAGCACUGCGGUCAUAAAGUACAAUGUAGAGCUGUGUAGAUGGGAGACAGUUGAUCUCUCGUUUGCUCAAGAUUGUAGAGUUUAUACUUGUGUUGUUGCAGCUGGUAGACACCUGUAUAUGAUUGGAGGGUGGAAAAGCACAGAGACAUUUUUCGCAAAAUGUAAUAGAUUCGACACUGUGGAAAAGAAAUGGGAAGAAAUCGCUGAUAUGCAGGAAGAAAGAGGUGGCCCUUUUGGGGUGGCCACUCGAGAGAAAAUCUUCGUCGCUGGAGGGAUGAAAAGAGGAACAAAAUUAAAUACUUCCGAG